AUGAAAUUUCAAUCUAGUAUUAUUCUUAAUUUCCUUGUUGUUAUUUUGGCCUAUGCUGCCACAAAUCAUGCUAACCCCAUCAUCAUCAAUGAUUCAUAUGUGACUGAAUUUUCCAACUUUGCUGUUGAUCCCAUCAACGUGGAUGAUCCAUAUGUGAUUGAAAUCGCCAACUUUGCUAUUAACGAGUACAACAAGGGGGUUUCAGUUAACAAGUUGAAACUUGAGAAGGUCUUGUUUGCUGUAUCCUACAAGAAAAUCGAAGGAACCAAGUACCAGCUCGCCAUUUCUGCCACACAUGAUUCAGUUUCUAUGGUAUAUAAUGUUAAAGUUGCGGCUUCUGCUGAAGUAUUGGAUGAUCCAGAACAUCACAAUAGAACACUUGUGUCUUUUAUAUUUCCUUAA